ACCUGUAUGUUUUCUUUGACUUUUUAAAAUAUAAGAUUUUUAUUAUUUUUUUUAUUAUUAAAAGUAGGUCAAACUGCUGUUGAGUAAGGUGUCUUCCACCAAAUCACAGACAGCGAGUGACGGAUAAACGGGUAUUUAAUCCGCUGGCAGAUGUGCGUUUCCAUCAGAGCUCCGGCACAAGAUUUAAUCAUUUCCUCGGUGUACCAAAGAGCAAAGACGUUGUCGAGGUCGACUGCUGCCAGAUUUGAAGUUAAUCUUCACAAGGGACCCAUGUUUGCGCUCAGUUGAGCCCGUGCGCUCUCGGUCUCUGUCGGCACCGUUAUGUCCUGAGAGCACCGCGGGAGGGAUGCUCAUUCACGGUGACUUAUUCUGGAAAGUGAUGCCCAGUUAGCACCUAUGGAUGUGAGGAUGGGUGACUCCCAGCAGUACGAGUGAGUGGAAAGAUGCUGCUCGGAUGGAAAUUAUUCCUGUAUGGAUACAAAAAGAAGAAGGACAUGGAUGUUGAAUGUUCCUCCUGCAGGUGCAGCAUGCUGAAGGGGACAGGUGUGAGCUUCGUCCUGCUGUGUCUGAUGGCAGAGGUCAGUCUCAGCGCGCAGCAGGUCUUGAGAAUCGGUGGGAUUUUCGAGACACUUGAGAAUGAGCCAAUCAGCGUGGAAGAACUUGCCUUCAAAUUCGCUGUAACCAACAUUAACAGAAACAGGACUUUAAUGCCCAACACAACCCUCACCUACGACAUCCAGAGAAUCAACCUGUUCGACAGCUUCGAGGCCUCCAGACGAGCCUGUGAUCAGCUAGCUCUCGGUGUGGCCGCCGUUUUCGGGCCGUCCCACAGUUCUUCAGUGAGUGCGGUCCAGUCCAUCUGCAACGCUCUGGAGGUUCCUCACAUCCAGACCCGCUGGAAACACCCGUCUGUGGACAACAAGGACAGUUUCUACAUCAACCUGUACCCAGAUUACGCCUCCAUCAGCCGCGCCGUGCUCGACAUCGUGCAGUUCUACAAAUGGAAAGCAGUGACGGUGGUGUACGAGGACGCAACAGGGCUAAUUCGUCUUCAGGAGUUGAUCAAGGCUCCGUCACGCUACAGCAUCAAGAUCAAAAUCCGACAGUUACCGAUGGGAAGUAAAGAUGCUCGGCCGCUUCUUAAAGAGAUGAAGAAGGGGAAAGAGUUUUGUGUCAUCUUUGACUGCUCAUACCAGACCGCAGCAGACGUCCUAAAACAGCUCUUGUCUAUGGGCAUGAUGACUGAAUAUUACCAUUUCUUCUUUACCACUCUGGAUCUGUUUGCGUUGGACCUGGAGCCGUACCGAUACAGUGGCGUGAACAUGACAGGUUUCCGUCUGCUCAACAUCGACAAUCCUCAUGUGGCAUCAGUGGUGGAGAAAUGGUCCAUGGAGCGACUUCAGGCUCCACCCAAACCCGAGACCGGCCUGCUGGACGGAAUGAUGACAACUGAAGCUGCGCUGAUGUAUGAUGCUGUGUAUAUGGUCGCUGCUGCAUCCCAGCGAGCGUCUCAGAUCACCGUCAGCUCACUGCAGUGUCACCGACACAAACCCUGGCGCUUCGGCUCGCGAUUCAUCAGCAUGUUCAAAGAGGCUCAGUGGAACGGACUGACCGGACAGAUCAUCAUAAACAAGACGGACGGCCUGAGGAAAGACUUCGACCUCGACAUUAUCAGUCUGAAAGAGGACGGGAUGGAAAAGAUCGGUGUGUGGAACUCAAACACCGGCCUUAACCUGACAGACAGCAACAAAGACAAAAACACCAACAUCACUGACUCCAUGGCCAACCGCACGCUCGUCGUCACCACAAUUCUGGAAAACCCAUAUGUGAUGCACAAGAAGUCAGAUAAGCCACUGUAUGGGAAUGAUCGGUUUGAAGGCUACUGUUUGGAUCUCCUGAAGGAGUUGUCCAACAUCCUGGGCUUUUCCUAUGAAGUCAAACUGGUGUCUGAUGGGAAAUACGGAGCUCAGAAUGACAAAGGAGAGUGGAACGGUAUGGUCAGAGAGCUGAUCGAUCAUGUGGCAGAUUUGGCCGUGGCACCGCUCACCAUCACUUACGUGCGAGAGAAAGUCAUCGAUUUUUCCAAGCCCUUCAUGACUCUGGGAAUCUCUAUCCUCUACCACAAACCCAAUGGCACCAAUCCAGGCGUCUUCUCUUUCCUGAACCCGCUCUCUCCGGACAUUUGGAUGUACGUGCUGCUGGCCUGCCUCGGGGUCAGCUGUGUGCUGUUUGUCAUUGCCAGGUUCACCCCGUAUGAAUGGUACAACCCUCAUCCCUGCAACCCUGAUUCAGACGUUGUUGAGAACAACUUCACCUUAAUCAACAGCGUUUGGUUUGGUGUUGGAGCUCUUAUGCAGCAAGGAUCGGAGUUGAUGCCCAAGGCUUUGUCCACCAGGAUUGUUGGAGGUAUCUGGUGGUUCUUCACCCUCAUCAUCAUCUCGUCCUACACGGCUAACCUGGCUGCCUUCCUCACCGUGGAGCGAAUGGAUUCGCCCAUAGACUCGGCCGAUGAUCUGGCCAAACAGACCAAGAUUGAAUACGGUGCCGUGAGGGACGGGUCCACUAUGACUUUCUUUAAGAAAUCAAAGAUCUCCACCUAUGAGAAGAUGUGGGCGUUCAUGAGCAGCCGGAAGAACACGGCGCUGGUGAAGAAUAACAGAGAGGGAAUCCAGCGUGUUUUGACCACAGAUUACGCUCUUCUGAUGGAGUCCACCAGCAUCGAGUACAUCAGCCAGAGAAACUGCAACCUCACGCAGAUCGGAGGACUCAUCGAUUCAAAGGGCUACGGAGUCGGCACUCCUAUUGGUUCCCCGUAUCGUGACAAGGUGACCAUCGCCAUCCUGCAGUUACAGGAGGAGGGCAAACUGCACAUGAUGAAGGAGAAGUGGUGGCGAGGAAACGGCUGUCCCGAGGAGGACAGUAAAGAGGCCAGCGCUCUGGGAGUGGAGAACAUCGGAGGAAUCUUCAUCGUUCUGGCGGCCGGACUCGUCCUGUCCGUGUUCGUGGCCAUCGGCGAGUUUAUCUAUAAAUCCAGGAAGAACCUGGACAUCGAGGAGGUGAGCGUGGGACAGUGUGAAUGGCACAAUAAAUACUGAUGGAGCUGAUGGACAUCACAGGACUUCAGAGGACGUCAGGGGGAGUUUUAUAAUGUACUUUUGCUCCUCUGCCUUCUCAAAACCAGAUAUACUCUGACUAAACAAUACUUAUAUGAUGUCAGCCGUGGGAGAAUUGCUGGCGACGUUGGACGCUGAGCAACAUUUUCAAUUCAUUGUUUUUUUACAUUUUUCAUUUUCAGAUGGACACACAAUAAGAUGAAAAGUAUCUGUCAGUAAAAUAUGAAUUAAGAGUGCAAGUUCACAGUUCAACUAUUACACCAGUUACUAUAUUGUAGAAUAGUUCACAUCCAUGUAGUUUGUGUUUAGAUUUAAAGACUUGAACGUUUUAUUCUUUACAGACAUAUUUCUCCUUAAUUUAUGACAAGACAUGUCUGUGAGUUUUAUUAUAGGUGAUGUGUGUAAUUUUUCCAUGUUAAAAUGAGUCAAUUAUACAUCAUUCAUUCAUAGGUUGAUUUUCCCGAAGAGUGCACACAACAUUAUUCUGUUUUAUUUUGUUUUAAACAUUUUUAUUUGAAUUACGAUUUCACAUUACAAUUCAUUGCAAUAACGGGGAAGUCAGAGUUGUAAAAAAAAAAAAAGGAUACAUUUAUUUGGAAAAAUGGGUUCGUUUUAUGUCUUUUUCAGUAAAUGCAUUUUUACAGUAAAGUCUUCACAUGAAUUUAUGAAUUUAUCAAGAGCGUAUUACCUGAGACAGAUAGUAUAGCAUUAAAAUAUUAUCAGUUUCUCAAAAUGGAGCUUAGAGCAGUUUCUCAAUAUUGCAUAGUAAUGAUGAUUAAUUUGUUAUUUUAUGCAACGUUACUCUGUUUUAGCAUGCAUGAAAUGUCAAAUAGUAGAUGGGAAACCCAUUUGAUGAUGUAGGAAUUACAUACAUCACCUUCAAAGACUCGUUCUGACUGUCUUAGCCUUUCUCUUAUGAAAUGACUUAUUUUAUUCAACGACUGUGAGUAACAUUUGUCUUAAAACUGUGUUAUAUAAACCCUUUUUUAAUAGUAAGAAUGAGCAAACAUGUCUACAAUGCAGAUUUAACAUGCAGAACCAGCAUUACAAGAGUUCUCGUUGAAAUUGAAAAUGUUGAGGGAAGUGACAAAAUCAUAACUGAACAGAGCAUAUGUAAUGUUUCAUAUGCAGUGUGAUGUGGAUUUUGAAUUUGCGCAACACAACUAAAUGCUUGUCAUGGCUCUUUUUGUGGUUGAAGCUGGUUAGGACAAAAACUCUGAAUAACAGGCUGGUUACAUUUUAUUAAGUCUAGGUGCAAGUUCAUUUUUUCAUCAUUUCUGCUUUUGUAUUGACACUUAUGAAAAUGCAUAUAAAUAUUUUAUCACUUUGAAAUGAUUUCUUUAUGAGCACAAUAUAUUUGUUUUCCUUGGUUUCUUGAUUAAUUUCUUUUUUUUAAUUAUUUGCCUCCUGUAGUUUGAUAAGUGCUUUAAUAAUUUUUGAAACACAAAGUUUCUUUCAGGAAUGGACGUCGUCUUCUGCGUCUGAAA